CUCCUCGGGAGCCCUUGGUGGCGUUUGGUAGCGGGGGGCUCGGGCCUCUCCCCUCCUGCACCGGCCUUCUCAGCGCCUUCCACAACCGGACCCCCGGGCCUCGCGGCCGCCUCGGUCGGAACCGCUCCCGGUGCGGCCCCGCGCGGGGCCGGCUGUAACCGCGCCUCGGGCCGGACGAUGCCCAAGAAGCUGCUGCUGCUGCCGCCGCUGUCCGUGUCCUCGACCUUCCGCGGCCCGCGAGCCCGCCCCGCCGCCCGGCCGGCCAUGAACGCCGCUCGCACCGGCUACCGAGUCUUCUCGGCCAACUCCACGGCCGCCUGCACGGAGCUGGCCAAGCGCAUCACCGAGCGUCUUGGUGCUGAAUUGGGGAAGUCUGUUGUAUACCAAGAGACCAACGGAGAAACAAGAGUUGAAAUAAAAGAAUCUGUUCGUGGCCAAGAUAUUUUCAUUAUACAGACAAUACCCAGAGAUGUGAAUACAGCUGUGAUGGAGCUGUUGAUCAUGGCUUAUGCACUGAAGACCGCCUGUGCCAGGAAUAUUAUUGGAGUCAUCCCUUACUUCCCCUACAGCAAGCAAAGCAAGAUGAGAAAGAGGGGCUCCAUUGUGUGCAAGCUCUUAGCGUCCAUGCUGGCGAAAGCAGGUUUAACUCACAUUAUCACUAUGGAUCUUCAUCAAAAGGAAAUACAAGGCUUUUUCAGCUUUCCAGUGGACAACCUUAGAGCCUCACCUUUCCUGCUUCAGUAUAUCCAGGAAGAAAUUCCAAAUUACAGAAAUGCAGUCAUUGUAGCCAAGUCUCCUGAUGCCGCAAAAAGGGCCCAGUCAUAUGCUGAAAGACUGCGUCUGGGUUUGGCUGUAAUCCACGGAGAAGCUCAGUGUACGGAGCUGGACAUGGAUGAUGGGCGUCAUUCUCCCCCCAUGGUCAAAAAUGCUACUGUGCAUCCAGGCCUGGAGUUGCCGUUGAUGAUGGCCAAAGAGAAGCCACCAAUAACCGUGGUUGGAGAUGUUGGAGGACGCAUCGCAAUCAUAGUGGAUGACAUUAUUGAUGAUGUGGAGAGUUUUGUUGCUGCUGCGGAGAUCCUGAAAGAGAGAGGUGCUUACAAGAUCUAUGUCAUGGCCACUCACGGCAUUCUGUCGGCAGAGGCCCCCCGCCUGAUUGAGGAGGCUUCCAUUGAUGAGGUGGUGGUGACGAAUACUGUCCCUCAUGAGGUACAGAAGCUGCAGUGUCCCAAGAUAAAGACUGUGGAUAUCAGUUUGAUUCUUUCUGAAGCAAUUCGGAGAAUCCACAAUGGAGAGUCCAUGGCUUACCUUUUCCGAAACAUCACUGUGGAUGACUAGCUUUCAUGGUUGCUUGAGCCUGGAACCCUUAAGGAAAACAUGUAAAGAGCAGUGCCGUCAGUUAUGUACAGUGUUUCCUCUCAAGGGAGGCCUGGAAUAGCCUGGAGGUAGAUAGUCUCCCUCGCCAAGAUUGGUGGGUAGGAGGAUUGAGGUUUUCAAGGAGAAGACAGAGCAAUGGAUGAUAACAUGGCCUUAAAUGUC